AUGACUGACCAACCCUUCAAAGUCAUCGUCGUCGGCGGUGGACCAAGUGGUAUCACAGCGGCGCACGUAUUGGAACGUGCUGGCAUCGACUUCGUCGUCCUCGAGAGAAGAGAUAGUAUUGUCGACGAUGUUGGCGCCAGCUUAGUCCUUAGCCCUGGCUCCUUACGUGUAUUCCAUCAACUUGGUAUCCUCGAGAAUCUCAUGGAAAUUGGCAAUAUGUUGUCAUCAGGCACGGGUUUCACCUCCGACGGCCAUAAGUUCAAGCAAAACUUGAUUGGCGAUUACAUGAUGAAGAAUCACGGCGGAGGCCUCACCACGUUCCAUCGCGCCCACCUGAUCCAGGUCCUCUACGACACCCUCCCCGAAUCAGCAAGAGCGCGCUACUUGACCAGAAAGAAGCUCGCAAACAUCGAGUCGACCGAGAAGGGCGUCACGGUGACCUGCGAAGACGGCUCAACGUACUCCGGAAACAUGAUCAUCGGCGCCGACGGCGUCCACUCCGCCACCAGACGCCAGAUGCGCAAGCUCGCCCUCGCAGAGGACCCCAAGCGCGAGUGGGACCCCGUCAACCCGUACAAGAUCCAGUACCAAUGCCUGUGGGCGUCGUUCCCGCGACCCACCGCCGCCGGACAAGGGUGCGAGACGCAGAGCAAAGAUAAAUCCAUCAUGUACCUCACCGGCAAGGAGCGCGGGUGGAUCUUCCUCUACGAGAAGCUGACGGCGCCGAUCCCCGAGAGGAUCUCCUUCACGCCCGAGCAGCUCGAGGAGUACGCCGAGCGGUUCGCCGACUGGCCCGUCGCGGAGAACGUCACGGUCAAGGACGUCUUCAAGGAGCGGUACAGCGCGGGCGGCGCCGGUCUCGAGGAGGGCAUCUGCAAGAACUGGAGCUGGGGCGGCCGCGUCGUCCUCGUCGGCGACGCCGUGCACAAGUUCACCCCCAACGCCGGUCUGGGAUUCAACAACGGUCUUCAGGACGUCGUCGCCGUCUGCAACAGGCUGCAGAAGGUCGUGGUCAACGGCAGCACACCCUCCCCCGCCGAUCUACAGAAGCUUUUUGACGGUUACCGCGAGGAGAGACACGUUCUCCUGGAGAAGGAUCUGGAUGCGUCGGCGCGGUUGACGAGGUCGCAGGCCUGGGCGUCGACGUGGGAUUGGAUCAUGGCGAGAUACGUCAUGGCUUUCUCGUUCGUGCAGAAGAUUUUCUUCUCGUUGAGCAUGUCUCCGUCCAUUCAGAGGUCCAAGGUGUUGGACUUUGUACCCGCAAAGGAGGUCUUCAACGGCAGAUACCAGUGGUUGACGCCUUUCCCGAGCGAGAAGUAG